AUGCUCUUCAAGAAGUCUUUCCUUGCCGCCGCCGCGGCCAUCAGCCCGGCCCUGGCACAUUCCUCAUCGCAACCCCAGAGCAAGGCUCCUUCGUCCUUUGGGGGACUCAGCCUUUACUGGGGACAGUACGGGGAUCCUUCCGAUCGGCUGUCCAGCUACUGUGAUGCCCCCGGCGUCACCUCCGUUGCCGUGUCUUUCGUUACAUACUCUCCCAAGAACAGCGGUGGAUAUCCCGGCACCAACUUCGCCGGCCACUGCGGCGGCGAGGUCUUUUACAAAAACCCGAAGACUGGCGAGGACACCAAGUUGAUCAUGAACUGCGACUACAUCAAGCAGGACAUCAAGCACUGUCAGUCCAAGGGCAUCAAGGUCCUUCUGGCUAUCGGUGGCUACUGCCCGACUGAUGGCCCCUGCAGCUACGACAUCUCCAGCGAAGACGAGGGUCACCAGUUCGCCGAGCUUCUGCACAAGACUUUCGGUCCUUACGACCCGACAUGGUCCGGCCCCCGUCCCUUCGAUAUCAGUGCCACCGAACACGUCUCUGUCGACGGUUUCGACUUCGACCUCGAGUUCAAGUACCCCAACCAGAAGCCCUGGAUCAGGAUGGUUGAGAAGCUCCGCAGCGUCGGCAUCUACUACAUCUCUGCCGCCCCCCAGUGCCCGACUUCGGACACAUACUUCCAGCUCAAGGAGCUCAUCUACAACGCCCAGUUCGACUCUCUCUUCAUCCAGUUCUACAACAACCCCGGCUGCCAGGCCUCCGAUACCCCCAACUACGACGAUUGGGAGAACGUUAUCUCGCAAACCUCCAAGAGCAAGGACGCCAAGCUCUACAUCGGCGUCCUCGCCAGCCCCGGUGCGGGGUGGAACGGCUAUGUACCUCCUUCCAGGGUCAAGGAGCUGAUCUGCAAGUUCAAGAGCAGGCCGCACUUCGGAGGCGUUUCCAUCUGGGACGCGACCCGUGGCGCCAUGAACCAGAUCGACGGCCAGGCCUUCCACGAGGCCGUCGCAGAUGCUCUCAAGUACGGCUGCGAUCCCAUUCCUCCCAAGACGUCAACCACCAGCGUCUCGACCUCGACCCCAACCUCAUCCUUGGUCUCUUCGACCGCCACCUCGUCUACCGCCGUCUCCACGACUUCUUCGGCCAGCUCCAGCGUUAGCUCUGAGUCUGUCAGCUCCAGCCACUCGGCGUCUGCUUCGGCUUCGUCGUCUGGCUCUGCCUCCGUUUCUGCCUCCGUCUCAGCUUCCGCUUCCGCCUCCCAAACCGGUACUGAAUCCGUGUCUACUUCCACUUCUGCCAGCGUCUCUGCUUCUGCUUCUGCCAGCGCCUCCGUCUCCGACUCGGCUACUCACACCAGUACCAUCACUUCACUGAGCAGCAGUGCCAGCGUUUCCGCCAGCGCCUCUGCUUCUGCCAGCGCCUCCGUCUCCGACUCGGCUACUCACACCAGUACCAUCACUUCACUGAGCAGCAGCGCCAGCGUUUCCGCCAGCUCUUCAGCAACCAAGUCCGCUGCCACCUCCGACACAUGCGAUGAGGAUGACGAGGACUUCCCGACCACGACAUUGAGCAACUCUCACUCUGCUACUCCCAUCGUCACUGGUACCGUUACCGGCUCCACGAGCUCUGCUGAUGUCACCAAGACGGCUUCCGACUCUGCCACCGGAUCUGCCACCGGCUCAGUCUCGGACAAGCCCACCGGAACUGCUUCCGUCACCGAGUCUGCCAAGAACACCCUCACUUCCUCCGAGGAGCUGGUGACCAGCACCGUCUACACCACCAAGAUUACCACCGUCACAUCCUGCAAGCCCGAGGUGCCUUGCACUACAGGCCAGGUCGUCACGGAGACCGUCCCAUGGUAUACCACUGUCUGUCCAGCUACGUCUACGUCGUCUGUUGUUGCCGUGCCCACGACGACUGCUCCCCCUUCUCCUCCCCAGUGGGUCACGAGCACCGUCUACGCGACCAACACCUACACCAUCACCUCAUGCGCUCCCGAUAUCCCAUACUGUCCCGUUGGCCAGGUCACCACCGAGGUUGUCCCUGCCUACACCACGGUCUGCCCGUACACCAGCACAACGCCCGCCGGCGACGGCGGCAGCAAGCCUUCGGGCGACGCACAAGUCCCUUCCGAGCCGUCUGGCAAUGUGCCUCACCCCCCCAAGUCUACCGGCGAGGCCCCUAAGCCCCCUGUUAGCCAAGGAGGUGACAAGCCCUCGGGCGACGUUCCCAAACCGACCGGCAGCCAGGGCGGCAACAAGCCUUCGGGCGACGCUCCCAAGCCGACCACAACCCCGACCGGACCUGGCGGAGAGAAGUGCCCCGGUGGAAAGCACUGCCCGGGCGGCGAUGAGGACAAGACAACAUUCAUCUACACGACGCUGACGGUCCCUGUCACAGUUGUCAAGCACAACUCCACAAUCCUGGGUACGGGCUCCAGCUACAAACCCACCCCGACGGGCGGGUUCCCCAGCUACACUACGGCUGCUCCCUUGCCCAGCAAGCCGGUCCAGGCCGGAGCCGCCAAGAUUGGUGGUUUGGGCAUUGCGGGCUUCGCCGGUCUCGCCGCUGCUCUUCUUUUGUAG